CGAAUCAAUAAUGCGCUCCCGCCAUUAAAUGUAUUGAGCCAGCGUUUGAACCAUGGUUUGAACUAUGGAAAGCAAUAUUUUUGUAUUGUAGAUUCUUUACGUUGAUUUAUUCCUGAUUGAUCAAAUUUUCACGUUAUUAUGUCUUACAAGCCGAUGCUGAAAUGGUUCAUCGUCGGUGUAAUUGGAGAAGAUGUUAGAAAUAUCAAAUGGCCUUUUAUCGACCUUUAUGACUUUGAAAGUCAUCUUCACCUUCAAAUGUGUACGGCCAUGGUUACCAUCACGUAAAAAAUGAAUAACGGGAUGACGGGUCACUUAGUGAUCGGUGAUCCAUAGCUAUAUUCCUAAAAAUCAUGCUUAAUUAAAGGAGGAAAUCAUGUUACAAGCCUGUUUGUUAUCGUCUUACGUCAGCUGAUUUGGCAGCUCACCAUUAGCUGGUAGAGCGACUGUAAUUUUUAGAAAAAAAAUCGUCUAGUUUCUGUUUGUCCAGUUUCAAAACCCGAGGUAACUAUUUAGUAUUUACCGAAAAAUUCAGUUGGUUAAAAUGGACUUUGUCUCGUGAAAUAGUUUUCGUAGCUGCUGCUAAGCUUGCUUACAAUGCAGUUAAAACGUAUAUUCGUAUUGAUAUGCACGUACGAUGGCGUCUGCUCAUCUCUCCAGAUUUGUAGAUUUCGGUCGGAAAAUUAUUUGUGUUGGCCGUAAUUACAGUGAGCAUGCUAUUGAAUUAGGAAAUGCUAUACCUGAAAGGCCACUUCUUUUUUUAAAACCCACUUCUUCCUAUGUUGAAGAAGGAAGCCCAAUAAAGAUACCUGCAGGUUGCUCAUCUCUUCAUCAUGAAAUUGAACUGGGUGUGGUUAUCAAAUCCAAAUGCUCAAAAGUCAAACCUGAAGAUGUCAUGAUCCAUGUUGGAGGAUUUUGUUUGGCACUGGAUAUGACUGCAAGAGACUUCCAAGAUGAAGCAAAGAAAAAAGGCCAUCCUUGGACACUUGCAAAAGGAUUUGAUACUUCAUGCCCUGUAAGUGCCUUUAUUCCAAGUGAGAAAAUUAUGGAUCCUCAUAACAUAGAACUGUGGUGCUCAGUUAAUGGAGUUGCCAGGCAACGGGGUUCAACAAAAGACAUGAUCUUUAAUGUCCCUACAUUACUUAGUUACAUUUCCACUUAUUUCACAUUGGAACCCGGUGAUGUGGUCCUUACAGGUACUCCUUCUGGUGUGGGUCCAGUCAAAGUUGGGGAUGUAAUAGAGGGUGGAAUCACUGAUGUUUUGACCAUGAAAUUUAUGGUAGAAAAAUAAUAAGCUAACACUCAAUAAGUUUGCAUUUGAAUGUUAGAAAAUGAUUCAGAAGACAGUUACAUAAUUUCUUUAACAUCAAUAGUUGUGUAUGGAUUUUCAUUCAAUAAAAUUAAGAAAAUCUAAAUAA